ACCUGUCAUUGUUUUCCGACUUUAAACCAAGAAUCCCGUUAACGAGCAUUCUUCCACAAUCCCCUUUAAUCUCUCUCUCUCUCUCUCUCUCUCUCUCUCUCUAGGCUUUCAAGCAGGAAGGGGGUCAAGUGCAUUCAUCUGAUUAGGGUUUGAGAGAAAUGGCGUUCUUCUCAUCAAUCGCGUCCAGCCUGUCCAAUUUCGGCAGCGCAAUGCACCAAUCCGUCAACGGUUUGAUGGGUUAUGAAGGCCUGGAAGUUAUAAAUCCAGAAGGGGGGACUGAAGAUGCUGAAGAGGAAGCACAAAGAGGAAGGUGGAAGCAGGAGGACAGGGAUAGUUAUUGGAAGAUGAUGCAGAAAUAUAUAGGUUCUGAUGUCACGUCGCUGGUGUCACUUCCAGUUUUUAUUUUUGAGCCAAUGUCAAUGCUUCAGAAAAUGGCAGAGUUGAUGGAAUAUUCCCAGCUCUUAGAUUUAGCAGAUGAAUGUGAGGAUCCCUACCUGAGAAUGGUUUAUGCUUCAUCCUUCUUUAUAUCCAUCUAUUAUGCUUGCCAACGAACUUUGAAGCCAUUCAAUCCAAUACUCGGUGAAACUUAUGAAAUGGUCAAUCAUGGUGGCAUUACAUUUAUUGCUGAACAGGUUAGCCACCACCCUCCAAUAAGCGCUGGACAUGCUGAAAAUGACCAUUUUGUUUAUGACAUAACUUCGAAGGUGAAGACCAAAUUCUUAGGAAACUCGCUUGAAAUCUAUCCCCUUGGAAGGUCACGAGUGACCCUGAAAAGAGAUGGUGUGGUCCUAGAUUUGGUGCCUUGCCCUUCAAAAGUUAAUAACUUGAUAUUUGGACGAACUUGGAUUGAUGUACCAGGUGAGAUGACUUUGACAAACUUGAGCACUGGGGAUAAAGUUCUGCUGUAUUUUCAACCUUGCGGCUGGUUUGGUGCUGGUCGCUUUGAAGUGGAUGGAUAUGUGUAUAAUGCCGCUGAAGAACCCAAAAUUUUGCUGACUGGGAAAUGGAACGAAUCAAUGAGUUAUCAUCCUUGUGAUGCGGAAGGAGAACCCCUGCCGGGCACUGAAUUGAAAGAGGUCUGGAGAGCUGCUGAAGCCCCUGAAAAUGACAGAUUUCAGAGCACAUAUUUUGCACACAAGCUAAAUAGCUUGGACACCGCCCCUAAGAAGUUAUUGGCAUCAGAUUCUCGCUUGCGACCCGAUAGAUAUGCACUUGAGAAAGGUGAUUUGUCCAAAUCUGGUUCAGAAAAGAGCAGUCUGGAGGAGAAACAGAGGGCUGAAAAGAGACUUAGAGAGACCAAGGGCCAGCAAUUUACUCCAAGAUGGUUUGACCGAUCUACUGAAAUUGCUCCUACACCUUGGGGCGACUUGGAAAUAUAUCAAUUCAAUGGCACAUAUGACCAGCAUCGGGCUGCUAUGGAUAGCUCAGACAGUAUUGAAGAGGUAGACAUCGCGUCAACAGAGUUCAAUCCGUGGCAGUAUGGAGACUUGGCAACAGAAUGAGAUUUUACAUCAUGUACUUUGCCGGCAUAAUGUUCUUUCCGUAAUGUUUUUGGAUGCCGCUUGUUUGUUAUUGUAUUCUGUUGAAUAGUUCAGCCUGGUUUCAGUAAUUUACUCCAAGAUGGUUUGACCGAUCUACUGAAAUUGCUCCUACACCUUGGGGCGACUUGGAAAUAUAUCAAUUCAAUGGCAAAUAUGACCAGCAUCGGGCUUCUAUGGAUAGCUCAGACAGUAUUGAAGAGGUAGACAUCGCGUCAACAGAGUUCAAUCCGUGGCAGUAUGGAGACUUGGCAACAGAAUUAGAUUUUACAUCAUGUACACUUUGCCGGCAUAAUGUUCUUUCCGUAAUGUUUUUGGAUGCCGCUUGUUUGUUAUUGUAUUCUGUUGAAUAGUUCAGCCUGGUUUCAGUAUUUAUAAUUAGCGUGAAUUUUGUUCGGUUAGUAGAAAAAUGAAUAAUGUGCUAUCUUAGAUCUACAUUUUGCAAUAAGAGCUUCAGCAAUA